CCUGCCACUUCCCUCCUGCCAGCCGGACAUCACAUCACCUGCGGGGCAGGGCCAGGGUGGCCACCGGGGGCAAUGGGAGGGACAUGGAGCCUUUUACAGCCAGGGACAAAGUCCUGCCCAGACUAAAGCCCAGGUGGCUGGUAUUGCAGCUGGUACCCAAGUUCUGGCCCUCCUGGGGUUCCAGCCUGCCUGGAGUCCUAGCUUUGCCGCCCUCCCGCCACCCCACAGACAUGCAGGGGGCCUGGGUGCUGCUGCUGCUGCUGGGCCUGAAGCCACGGCUGGCCCUCGCCAUCAUCCCAGUGGAUGAGGAGGACCCAGCCUUCUGGAACCGCCAGGCGGCACAGGCCCUGGACACCGCGAAGAAGCUGCAGCCCAUCCAGACAGCUGCUAAGAACCUCAUUCUCUUCUUGGGAGAUGGGAUGGGGGUGCCCACAGUGACAGCCACUAGGAUCCUCAAGGGGCAAAUAAAUGGCAAACUGGGACCUGAGACACCCCUGGCCAUGGACCACUUUCCGUACCUGGCUCUGUCCAAGACAUACAACGUGGACAGACAGGUGCCAGACAGCGCAGGCACAGCCACAGCCUACCUGUGCGGGGUCAAGGCCAACUACCAGACCAUUGGUGUGAGUGCAGCCGCCCGUUUGAACCAGUGCAACACAACGAGGGGCAAUGAGGUCACUUCCGUGAUGAAGCGGGCCAAGAAAGCAGGGAAGUCAGUUGGGGUGGUGACCACCACGAGAGUGCAGCAUGCCUCCCCAGCUGGCACGUACGCCCACGUAGUGAACCGCAACUGGUACUCAGACACCGACAUGCCCAUCAAGGCGCGGAAGGAGGGAUGCCAGGACAUCGCCCAGCAGCUCAUCUCCAACGUGGACAUUGAUGUGAUCCUGGGCGGAGGCCGAAAGUACAUGUUCCCCAAGGGGACUCCAGACCCUGAGUAUCCAAGUGACACCAGACAGAAUGGAGUCAGGUCAGAUGGGCGGAACUUGGUGCAGGAGUGGCUGGCCAAGUACAAGGGUGCCCGGUAUGUGUGGAAUCGCUCGGCGCUCAUGGAGGCAUCCCAGGACCCCUCUGUAACACAUCUCAUGGGCCUCUUCGAGCCGGGAGACACAAAGUAUGAGAUCUACCGAAACACGACCCAGGACCCGUCCCUGAUGGAGAUGACAGAGGUGGCAGUGCGCCUGCUAAGCAGGAACCCCCGUGGCUUCUACCUCUUCGUGGAGGGAGGCCGCAUCGACCACGGUCAUCAUGACGGCACGGCUUCUCUGGCACUGACCGAGGCGGUCAUGUUUGAUUCCGCCAUCGACAAGGCCAGCCAGAUCACAAGCGAGCAGGACACACUGACCCUUGUCACCGCUGACCACUCUCACGUCUUCUCUUUUGGUGGCUACACACUGCGAGGGAGCUCCAUUUUCGGGCUGGCCCCCAGCAUAGCCCUAGACAACAAGACCUACACCUCCAUCCUUUACGGCAACGGCCCCGGCGGCCUAUACGCGCUCACGGGGAGCUCCCGGCCCAACGUCAAGGACAGCCAGAGCAGGGACCCCACUUACAAGCAGCAGGCCGUGGCGCCCCUUGACUCCGAGACUCACGGCGGCGAAGACGUGGCAGUGUUCGCGCGCGGCCCGCAGGCGCACCUGGUGCACGGCGUGCAGGAGCAGAGCUUCGUGGCGCACGUCAUGGCCUUCGCCGCCUGCCUCGAGCCCUACACCGACUGCGGCCUGCCGCCCUCGGCCUCCCCCAACGACGCCGCGCUCCCCGGCCCGGCCGGUGCGCCUCUGUCGCUGCCGCUGCUGGCAGGGGCGCUGCUGCUGGGGCUGCUGGCCGGUUGCCCUGCCCGAGGACCAGGCGGGCACCAUGCCAGAGGUGUCCCCCACAGGGCCACGACUCGACCAGACCCCGCAGCACACACGUUUCUUGGCCUCAGUCUUCACAGAACCUUGGGGUCGAGGACUCGGGCAUGUCCGGGUGCCCGGAAAACUGUGGCUUCCUCUCAACCCGCAAGGGACCCUGCAAGGUGGCCGAGGAGACUGCUGGGGCCGGGUUGCGGUACCAUCCACCAUGUGCACUCCUGGGGCCCAGUACUAUUACACAGAGAGGAGACGCUGACACAGAAUGGAGAGACUUGUCCCAAGUCACUUGGCUGCUGAUGUUCAUGCCCCAGUGCCCAUUGCAGGCUGGGAGACCCAAGGAGCAGGCAGAGCAGGCAGUCCUGGAGCAACCCUUGUACCCUCUGGGAGACCAUCUAGGUGCUGGGCACAGGUCUGUGAGGAGAGGAGAUUCCCUCUCCUCCCCGUGCCUCUAUUCUACUGAGAGAGACAAAGCAAUAAUCAAAUAAACCAUUGUGCAGUGUAAUGCCAGUAGUGAUACAUUCUAGAAAGAAAAAUCAUUAGCACGUGGGAGCACAGAAGGAUGUCUGUGACUGAGAGGAUGGGGUGGAUAAUUCAGAUCAGGAGGUCAGGGAGGGGCUGCCUGAGGUGCAGGCAGUGAAGUGAGGACAAGGAAGUGAGGGCUUGAGUCAUGCAGGAGGAACAGCCAUGCAAAGGCCCUGAGGCAGCAAUCGGCAAGUGCUAGUCCAGGCCUAUAGCUGGAUCAGAGAGUUAGGGUGGGGUAGGGGAGGGGGUAAAACCUGAGACAUAAGGAAGGAUAGGAGCAGGUGGGUGAGGAUUUUGAACUUUAUCCAAAGUGUGGUAUGUGACUGGAAGUCUUUGAGCAGGGGCAUAACAUGACCUGACUCUUGGAAAAUAUCACUGAUUAUUUUAAGGGAUAAGAGUUUUGUUUUGUUUUGUUUUGUUUUGUUUUUUGUUUGCGGGGAGGGGGUAGAGGUGGGAGCUGGAAAACCAGAGGAGAGGUGCAGACUCCAAACACUUCUGACCUCCAUCCAAAAAUAUUCGGGAGCACCCACUCCAAUAUAGGUGUACUUGUAGAGUAUCUAACCCACCCUAUUGGAACAUUGAAAAGAAUUUAUGAAA